AUGUCCAACAACUGCUGCUCUAGAAACUUCUCCAGCUCUGAAAACUUCUACUCCACCUCCAUUGGGGGCACUAGGAACUACCCUGCCUCCUCCUGUGGCUCUUCCUUCCCCAACAUCGUGGUCUACAGCUCUGACGUGGCCUCUCCCAGCACCACCCAGCUGGGCUCUCCUCUCUCCAUUGGCUGCCAGGAGACCUGCUGUGAGCCCUCCAGCUGCCGGGUGUCUCCUGUGGUGUCCAGCCCCUGCCAGGCUUCCUGCUUCCGCCCCAGGCCCUCUGCUUCCUGCAGCCAGUGCCUGCCUUCCUGCUCCCGCCCCAGGCCUUUCAGCUUCUGUGGGCUGUCCUGCUUCCGCCCCAGAUCCCCCAGGCCCUGCGGGGUGUCCUGCUACCGUCCCAGACCCUCUGCUGCCUGCAGCCCCUGCGCGGUGCCCUGCUCCAGCCCCAAGCCCACUACUGUCUGUAGCCCCUGUGGCUUGGCUUACUCUGGAAAUCAGGGCUGCGGCCCCAGCAGCAGCUGCUCCCAGGUGUAUCAAUCUAGUAGCUCCUACUCAGUGGGGUGUGGGCCCAGUAGCUUCAGGCCCCUGGCUUGUGGGGUCCCUGGGUUCCCCUCUCUGAGCCUCGGCUCUGGAGUCUGCCGCCCAGUCUCCCUGACUUCCGGCACCUGCCAGUCGCCUUGUUAA